UAACUGAGCGCCCUUCAUCCCCCCCAACGCGCGAUCCCUCAUUCACCGUCGCCGCUCUCAAUUUCCACGUGUUUUCCUAAGCGCUUCACUGUGCACUGUCGCAACCCAGGUGUUCCCCGUGUCUCCUGCGUUGCUUAUGAAUAAAACAACUACGCGCUAGAGCAUGGCUUCUCUCCAGUCAGCACCAAACAUGGCCGCUGGAAACAUGAGCUUACCGCCAAACUUGACGCAGCAACACAUCCAAGAAGUUCUGCAGAAAUAUAAGCAGAUGCAAGAACAAGGCGUUCGCCAUGAUGAUCCCGAAUAUCUCAAGGCACACAAUCUGCUGUCAGCCGUCCAGCGACAGCAAGUCUUCCAGAAACAGAGGUUCGCCCAACAGCAGCUGCAAGCGCAGCAACGCCAACAGCAGCUCAAUGGCGUGACCCCUGAAGCCGCCGCCGCCGCCUCGAAUGGCGUCAAUGGCCGCAGCAAUACCGCCGCAACUCCUCUUAAUGCUGUGCCGGAUGGAACUCUGGCUACGACGGCUGGUCAACAGUCUUCGGGCCAGGUUUCUUCCCAGAAGGGUGUGCCCGUUGCCAGCAGCAGCUUUUCUGCUGAGCAAUUGGCGACCCUUCGCAAUCAGAUCUUGGCUUUCAAGAUGCUAUCGAAAAACCUUCCGAUCCCCGCUCGAGUCCAACAACAACUUUUCCCACCCAAGAAGGCGCAGACACCGGCUCCCGCAGACGCCAUCGCGACUGCUGAGAACGUUUUGGACAACGCUGCCCAGGGCAAAUCCGAGCCAUCUACAAGUGUGCCAGACGAGACUCAGUCGAAGGAUUUCUACCAAAGCUUUCAGUCACCCUAUGAUCUGAUGCCAAAAACUAUCGGAUUUACGGAUCAUGCAUCUCGUGCUAACCGCAUGCGUGUUCCUGCGUUGAUGCCUGCUGGCAUUGAUAUGGAUCAAGUGCGCGAAGAGAGAGAGCUGGCACUCUACAACAGGAUCAACGCGCGGAAGGCUGAGCUGGCUGAGCUUCCGGCCAAUCUCAACUCGUGGGACUCAAGCCAGAGUGACACUGCCACGGGCGACGACUCCCUUAAAUUGAAAGCUUUGAUCGAGUAUAAAAUGCUUACCCUGCUGCCCAAACAGAAACUUCUUCGCAAGCAGAUGCAAAACGAAAUGUUUCACUUUGAUAACCUGGGUAUGACGGCGAACCGCUCCAGCCAUCGUCGUAUGAAGAAGCAGAACUUGCGUGAAGCCCGCAUUACGGAGAAGCUGGAGAAACAACAACGUGAUGCGCGCGAAACCAGAGAAAAGCGGAAACAAUACGAUCAUCUUCAGGCUAUCCUCAACCAUGGUGCCGAACUUCAGAAUGCUGCUGCUCAGCAACGCACCCGCAUGCAGAAAUUGGGUCGCAUGAUGCUUCAACACCAUCAACAUAUGGAGCGUGAAGAGCAGAGACGUGUCGAGCGUACUGCCAAACAACGUCUCCAGGCUUUGAAGGCCAACGAUGAGGAGACAUACUUGAAGCUGCUUGGACAAGCUAAAGAUUCUCGUAUCUCUCACCUUUUGAAACAAACCGACAACUUCCUCAAGCAGCUUGCUGCCUCCGUGCGAGAGCAGCAGCGAAGUCUUGCUGAGCGCUAUGGCGAGGAAGAUCAGUUCUUUGAAGAGGAAGAAGAGGAAGAAGAGAUCGCAUCCGGAAGUGAAGAUGAAGGCGACGGUAGAAAGAAGAUCGACUACUAUGCUGUUGCUCAUCGCAUCAAGGAAGAAGUCACCAUGCAGCCCAGCAUCCUUGUUGGCGGUACUCUCAAGGAGUACCAGAUGAAGGGUCUGCAGUGGAUGAUUUCACUUUACAACAACAAUCUCAAUGGUAUUCUGGCCGAUGAAAUGGGUCUUGGAAAGACCAUUCAGACGAUCAGUUUGAUCACCUAUAUCAUCGAAAGGAAAAAGAACAAUGGGCCUUUCCUCGUCAUUGUUCCUCUGAGUACCCUUACCAACUGGAACCUGGAGUUCGAGAAGUGGGCGCCCUCCGUUUCGAGAGUUGUUUACAAGGGUCCCCCCAAUGCGCGGAAGCAGCAGCAACAGCAAAUCCGCUGGGGCAAUUUCCAGGUCCUCCUGACCACCUACGAGUACAUUAUCAAGGACCGCCCAAUUCUGAGCAAGAUUAAGUGGACCCAUAUGAUUGUCGAUGAAGGUCAUCGCAUGAAAAACACACAAUCGAAGCUCAGCAGCACCCUGUCGCAGUACUAUACUAGCCGUUAUCGUCUGAUUCUGACUGGUACUCCACUGCAAAACAAUCUUCCAGAAUUGUGGGCUUUGCUGAACUUCGUCUUGCCAAAUAUCUUCAAGUCGGUCAAAUCGUUCGAUGAGUGGUUCAACACGCCAUUUGCCAAUACAGGUGGACAAGAUCGCAUGGAACUGAGCGAAGAAGAACAAUUGCUUGUUAUCCGUCGUCUGCACAAGGUUCUACGGCCUUUCCUGCUCAGACGUCUCAAGAAAGAUGUCGAGAAGGAUCUGCCCGAUAAGCAAGAAAGAGUUAUCAAGUGCCGCUUUUCUGCUCUGCAAGCCAAGCUGUAUAGGCAGCUUGUCACUCACAACAAGAUGGCCGUCAGCGACGGCAAAGGUGGUAAGACUGGCAUGCGUGGUCUCAGCAACAUGUUGAUGCAGUUGAGAAAGCUUUGCAACCAUCCGUUUGUCUUCGAGCCUGUCGAAGAUCAGAUGAAUCCUGGGCGUGGGACCAAUGAUCUGCUCUGGCGUACCGCCGGUAAAUUCGAACUCCUGGACAGGAUCCUGCCCAAGUUCCGUGCUACUGGUCACCGUGUCUUGAUGUUCUUCCAAAUGACCCAGAUCAUGAACAUCAUGGAAGAUUUCUUGCGCCUCCGUGGCCUCAAAUAUCUCCGCCUUGAUGGUUCCACCAAGUCCGACGAUCGGUCGGACCUAUUGAAGAAGUUCAAUGCUGAAGGUUCUGAGUACUUUUGCUUCUUGUUGUCGACACGUGCUGGUGGUUUGGGUCUUAACCUCCAGACCGCUGAUACAGUCAUCAUCUUCGAUUCCGAUUGGAAUCCUCAUCAAGAUCUGCAAGCGCAGGAUCGUGCCCAUCGUAUCGGCCAGAAGAACGAAGUCCGUAUCUUGCGUCUCAUUAGCUCCAAUUCCGUCGAAGAGAAGAUUCUAGAGCGUGCACAGUUCAAGCUUGACAUGGACGGCAAGGUCAUUCAGGCAGGAAAGUUCGACAACAAGUCUACCAAUGAAGAACGAGACGCACUUCUGCGAACACUGCUUGAGUCGGCGGAGGCCGCUGAUCAAAUCGGAGGUGACCAGGAGGAGAUGGAUGACGAUGACCUCAAUGAUAUCAUGGCACGAUCUGAUGAAGAAUUAAUCACGUUCCAGCGUAUUGACAAGGAUCGUCAGAAGAACACCCCCUAUGGUCCUGGCCACAAGUAUCCUCGUCUCAUGUGCGAAGAAGAACUGCCAGACAUUUAUCUCACCGAAGAAAAUCCUGUUACCGAGGAGGUUGAAGUUGAUUUGGGCGGCCGUGGUGCGCGCGAACGCAAGGUCACCCGCUACGAUGAUGGUCUUACCGAAGAGCAAUGGCUCAUGGCUGUGGAUGCCGAUGACGAUACCAUUGAAGAUGCAAUCGCCAGGAAAGAGGCCAGGGUUGAACGCCGUCGCGUCAACAAGGAGAAGCGCAGCCGGAAGGCAGGUGCCGAAUCUUCACCGGAGCCGUCGCGGGAGAGCUCGGAAGCUCCUCAACCCAAGAAACGUCGCCGCGGUCCUGCUCCCAAGCGUAAGGCAGAGGAGGUUAUCGAAGAAACACCUCAACCGAAACGGAAGAGAGGAAGACAAGCUAAACCCAUCGAAACUCUGAGCAGCGAGGAUCGGGCCAUCUUGCAGCGGAUUGUCAACAAUGUCUAUCAGGCGUUGAUGGACAUGGAGCAGGAGUUGCCAGCAGAUUCUUCGGAUAGCGAAGACGGUCCCGUGACCCGGUCCAUCAUCGAACCGUUCAUGAAGCCGCCUCCCAAGUCUCAGUACCCUGAUUAUUACAUGAUCAUCCAAAACCCGAUCGCCAUGGAAAUGAUCAAGAAGAAGAUAAAUCGUGAGGAAUAUCAGAAUUUGAAGGACUUCAGGAACGACAUCCACCUUCUGUGCCAGAACGCCCGGACUUACAAUGAGGACGGCAGCAUCCUGUUCCAGGAUGCCAACGAUAUUGAGGCCAAAUGUCUGUCCGAACUCAAGAAGGAAACCGAACUCUAUCCCCAGUUCGCCAACUACGAUGAUCUAGGUGGCAAUGACCAAACCGCUGCUACUUCUGGCACCGAUACUCCCGGUCCUGUUGCAACACCCAAGCUGAAGCUGACGUUCAACAGCGGCAACCGGGACAGCAUUGGACCGAUUGGCGGCAGCGGUACGAAUGAGGAUGAAUGAACCCCUAAUAGACGCUUUGCAGAUAUAGUGGGCUGAGUUCCGAUAUGUUUAACGUGUUGCAAAACCUUUGCUUAAUUGCACAUUACCUUCUAUACUGUUUUGAUUCUCCUCUUUAUUUCCAUUCUGUGUUUCUUGACAUGUCCCCUUCCGAUAUUUGGCUCCGUGGACGGCGUUACAUAACUU